GUUGACGUAUUACAUCGGGUGACGUUACCGCUCCCCUCUCCGUCGCCGGGAGAAGGCAGCGAGCGGCGGACGGCGCCCGGCCGAGCCGCAUUGCCCGUGCGUAUCAUGCCGAACUCGGAGGACCCCAACUCGGAGCCUGGGAGCGAGGACGGGACCGGGAGCGGAGCCGGAGCCGGUUCCAGACAGGACGAGAUGACGUGGUGGUAUCGCUGGCUAUGCCGGAUGGCGGCCGUGAUCGGUGGGGUGUCGUGUGCGAUUGCUGGAGUGUGGAACUGUGUAACAAUCAAUCCCCUCAACAUUGCAGCUGGGGUCUGGAUGGUGCUGAAUGCAUUUAUCCUUUUCCUAUGUGAAGCUCCCUUCUGCUGUCAGUUUAUCGAGUUUGCAAAUGCAGUGUCUGCAAGAGCUGAUAAGCUCCGCUACUGGCAGAAAGCUAUCUUCUAUUGUGGGAUGGCGAUUUUCCCAAUUUUCCUGAGCUUUUCAUUCACUACAUUGUUUGGGAAUGGAAUUGCUUUUGCUUCAGGUGUGCUUUAUGGACUCGCAUCACUUGGAAAAAAGGGCGAUGCUAUUUCGUACGCCAGGCUCAAGGACAGGAAAAUGGCUGAUGAGGAAAACUUGACGGGGACUGUCACCAAUGAGAUGGCGAUGCAGUAAAAGAUACCGACUCGGUUUACCUCAUUCGACUACAGAUCAACAGACCAGCAGAACUUUAUAUUUAUACACAGUACAUCCAAUUUAUACACUGCAGAGAGAGUCAGCUCCCAUGGGCUCUUGGUUUGAUGUGCAAUUGAUUCUUCAAAAGAAUAGAAUUUCUUUGCUCUUUUUAAUAAUGUAAUUUUUAUACCUUUGAUUCAUUUAUGGGGAGGUUGAUUUCAAGCUUUGUUGAAACCUGUUACUGACUAAAUCACAGGAGUUUGACAGCUUGUUGGUACUUGUGAUUAUAAUUCAAAUUAUGUUGACUGCCUUGAGAUAGCUGGUUUGAAUGCAGCCCAGCAGUUGCGGCGGGGGGCAGUGCUCCAUCCAUUGUGAUUGCUAGAUCACAACAUUAAUGGGGUUCAGAUCAUUUCUCAAUAGUACUGUUAGUUUAUAAACUACAGUUUAAUACAAAACCGCCUUUUGCUGUUUAAAUCCAGGCUUUUGUUUUGGAUUUUCCUUCAUUGGAAAUGUUAUGUACUGUAAAUCACAUCAACAAUGUUUUCUAAAGUAGAGUUCACUCACACUGUUGGCAUAAUUGCCUCGUGUUCCAACUCCCCUCAUACAGAAUUUGCAUCUUCUAGAACUUGGGUGAACUCCACAAUGAUGGGAGUAGUUGCACAAUAAUCCUUGCAUCCAUCUCCCUCACUCUCAGUUUUUGAAGAUAUUGAUGACUGUCUGUACUGGUGCUGUUUGUACAGAGUCGAAGGUUUCAUCUCCUUUUGCUAGUUCCCAUCCUGCUCUCGUCAUCAUAUGUUCCAUCACUAAAUCUUCCCUACCCUUGUCUUGUCUAUCUUUCAGGAGUUGCCUUAGCAACUGAUACUCGGCAGAUUUUCUCUUGUUUGUGAUUGACUCACUACAGUUCUCAUAAAGGGUGAUUGGGCUGUCUCAUAGGUGUUGCCUAGCCUACUAGAUAUUGCUGUCAUUUUCUGUUUGUUUCAGGAUUGCAGCAUCUACAGUAUUUAAUUCCUGAAAUUAGUGCUUCUUAGAGGAAAAUGUUAAUUUCCUGGUCACAUGACUUGCGGAAGUUUAUGGGGAGGUCCUACUGUGACUGUGUAAGGAUCCCAUGUAAUUCACAGUUAGGCUAUUCAGUCCGUGGUCACAAAAUCCUAUGUAUGCUGCCAUCUCCAUCUGGAGUAUUGUUGGACGCUGUUGUACAGAAAAGGAGAAACACACACAUGAUCUUUAGAAAGCUGACGGGGUUCCUGCUGGGAAAAGCAAACAAAUUCUUAUCCAGAGAGGAUUUGGUUUGGCUGUGACACUGCCCACAGUACAACAGCUGAAAUGCCGUCCCUUUUGAGAUAGUGGCCAACUGAGUGAAGUACAGGACUUGGGAGUAAACAUUUUUAGGAGAGAAAAGUAAAGUAGUUUUGAAACAAGCUUUGUUUUUGAUUCAUUCAUUCUGUAACUCUGGAUUAUGUGUGCUAAAGAAUGUCUGUUAAACUUUUACCUGGGACAAGACAGAGCCUGACUCAGUACAGACAGGUAAAGCUUUUAAGGGAAUUCUUCAGCUCCUCCAUGACACAACUGGUAACAAAAGUUGUUCAACAUUGAGUGACUUUGUUGCACACAUCUGUUCUGCACUGGAUGUCAAUAGUUCAUCCAGACUCGCCACUAGGUGCUAACGCUGCCGCAUAUCCCUUUGAAACAAAGAGCAAUACUGCAUGGAUACAGGUUUUUUGGCCCAACCUCGAUGCUCACCAGGCUGCUCCCAAUUUCCUGCAAUUGGCCCAAUUUUCACCCUUUCAUCUACCUGUCCAAGUGCUUCUUAAAUGAUACUGUUGUACCUUGGUGUCUACCUGAAACUGUAGGAAUUUUGUUUUGCGUCAGCCAUAAGCCCUCUAGAGUAGAUAUUACUGUCUGUUUUGUGAAUUUCUUCUAGUCUCUAGAUCUCUUGGUCAAUAAUCUCAGGACUACUGAGAGUCAUCUAUUGUGUCCUCUUUCACUAGUUUAAAAAAAACAAACAUAUUUCUCAAAAACAAAGGGAAAAACUUAACAAGCAGCUUUGUGCUGUACUCUCCUGAGCUCCCUUUCUUGGCUGUUUUGUAUUAUGGAGCUCAAUAUCGCACAUGUUCCUUCAACCCGAGCCUUCGUUUUCUGGAGACUCGUCACUUUUUGUUUCACUCAGUGGCCACUUUAUUAGGAACACCUGUACACCUCGUUAAUACGAUAUCCAGUCAGCCAGUCAUGUGGCAACAAUUCAAUGCAUAAGAGCAUGCAGACAUGGUCAAGCAGUUUAGUCGUUGUUCAGAUCAAACAUCAGAACGGGGAAGAAACUUGAUCCAAGUGACUUUGACCAUGGAAUGACUGUUGGUGCCAGACAGGGUGGUUUGAGUAAGAUCAGCAGUUUCUGACAGGGGUUUUCAUGCACAGCAGUCUCUAGAGAUUACAGGGAAUGGUGUGGAAAACAUCCAGUUAGUGAGGGUUCUGGUUCAAAAAUGCCUUGUUAAUGAGAGGGGAGAAGCGAAUGGUCAAGCUGACAGGAAGGUGUCAAUAACUCAAAUGACCAUGUGUUGCAACAGUGGUGUGCAGCAGGGCUUCUCUGAACGCACAACACGUCAAACCUUGAAGACCACACGGGUUCCAGUCCUGUAGCUGAUAAAGUGGCCACCGAGUGUACACUGUAAUCUUUGAGACGAGUCCUCCAUACUGACUGCAUACUGUCCUUUAGCAGAGCUGUGGGCACUGACCUCGAUUGUUGCUAAUUAUCCUUUCUGGCUGGGAGGGUCAAAUGUGAUAUUUAUUGUUGCCUGAUGAACCACUGCCAGAUUCACACCUUAGUUUUUAGUGUACUAAUUCUUCUGAGCAUCACAUUUCUCAUUAUCAAAGAUGGUCAUGACUUUAGACCAGGCCAUUUCAGAAUGAUUUGAAGUUGCAUCUCUAGUUUUGGCCAAUUCAUGGUCCCCUGAGGAGAGGAUAAAAUGAGCCAGUAUCCCUAUUUCAACUCCUCAACACUGCAUAUAUUCCUUUCAGCUAGGGAAUGCAUGCCUUCCAAAGGUGAUACUUACCUCAAUCCAUUUCAGCCUUGGGUAAUGGAGAAGGGAAUAUUGGCCAGCUGAGUAAUAAUGUAUUGGACUUGGUCACACUCUGGCUCUGCAGUAAUUGGAAAUGGAUUAGAAAUUGUUGCACAUUUUAGUUUGUAUUGGCAUUGUUUACUUGGUAUGUGUCUAUUUAAAUUUAAAUGCAAUGGAUAUUUUAUACAUUUUGUCCAUUUCUGACCAUUUACUGUGAAAUAAAAGAUUUUACU